AUGAAUAUAUAUUCUUGCAGCCAAUAGGAUUAAAUUCCAUCGCCGGACAAUUUGAGUUAAAUCAGUUGGAGUAAGGUCCAUUAGAGCAGCGAAUAGAUUUUGGAAAGGUAAACCAAUUGUUAAUAUAGUAUGAAAAGAUCAAAAAAAAUCCACAAAAGACAACCUCAGGAUGUUUAGUAGAAAUGGUUUUCGAUUUAGAAGAUAUCAAGUUGCAAGCUGGAUAUUUCUGAAAAUAACGAAAUCAAUUUGAGAGAUUAGACUAUCUACGAAUUCGAUUAUCUAAAAUUAGAUUAAGAUUUGUUAUCCAAAAAAUGUCCCAUCAUUGUAAAUAUACCUAUAGAUGUGUAGAUUGAAGAUAUUAAGUCAAAAAAAAAAUAUCAAAUUAAACCAAUUUCAAUUAAAUCUGACAUAAUAGAAAAAUUAUAUUCUUUAAACAACAAAUUUAUACUGACACCUGAAAAGGUUUACAACUAUUAGGCACAGACUCAAAAGAUUGACGAUUUGGCUAAAGAAAUAAAAAUUGUCCACAUUUCCUUCCAGUUAAUAUUGUAUUAAUAUUGUCGAAAAACAAUUCUCAAUUUCCUAGAUGAAUUGACAAAUAAGCAAAUUAAAACUAUAUUCUUAGAUCUGAUUUAGGGGUUGAUCUCUGCCCAAGAACACUAAUUAGUCUUGAAAUAGAUCACCUUGGAGUCUAUAUUAUACUUUGAAGAUUCCAAAUCAUUUAAACUGAAUGAUUACACUGAUGCUACCGUUGGAAAUAAUCGAUCGAAUUUUCAAGACUUAGGAUUUUGUUUGGCCUAAAUCUUAUAGUUCAAAGCCAAUCCAUCCAAUCCCAAGACACAACCAUAAGUAAUUAAUUAAGUAGAAUGGUUAUAAACGUAAACUGAGGAUCCUUUCUCAUCAGUAGCCUUGAACUUGAUUUUGAACGAAAAACCAAUCGAAGAAAUCAUGAAUUUAUUGUAAUAGAUUGAGUGCUGA